AAUAUGUUGCUCAAUCCGAAUACAUCAGCUGUGUACAUCACUAUAAAACAGAAUGAUCUUUUCUGUCCAUGACAAGUUAUCACAGGAGCAGAUUUAUCAACUGAGGAAAAUUUAAAAACACAAUACGCUUACCAACUCUUAAUUGCAGUGAAAAUGACUCACAUUUUGAAAUGCAUCUUGUGUGCGUUCAUGUGUUGUACACGCAUUGGUAAUGGACCGGUGGUCUCAGGAUUAACAGUAACCUUACCCAGUGGUCCGAAUUCAUACCCGACAAAUGCAAUAAUCGAAUAUAACCGGAUUCUUUGUCCGAGUACUAAUUAUGCUGGUGGAAAAUAUAAAGCUACUAUGGCUGGUAAUUACUUGGUAUCUGUUACCAUGAUGUCAGGCACUGUAACCGCUCACACUACUCUAAGGAAAAAUGGAGGCAUUUAUGUGUGGCUAUAUACUGGUAACCAAUUUGAUAUGGCAACCCAAACUGUCUGCAUGCAGUUGGCAGUGAAUGACGAGAUUUGGGUACAGAUGACCAACAAGGCAUCGAUUCUCUUUGAUGUUUAUAACACUUUCACUGUAGUUAAAUUGCCUGAUCCAGUUCGAACACCGCUGGAUUAAAGAUGUUGACUUUCGACCAAAACAUUAUAAAAAUGAGCAGUGAAUGCUUUUAAAUAAAGUUUAUCAUUU